AUGGGAACUCCAUCUAAGAGUCAGGGACCACCCCUGGCCAUGGGAGAGGUUUCUGAUGGUACCCUGUGGGCUAGGCCCAAGAGGGACGUGCACCUUCUCCAAGCUUCACUUCACACCUUGGGGACCCACCUGGCAGUGCAUGCUGGACCUGGAGCCUUGCCCAUGCUGGCCCAUUCCCUAGGACACUGCUCCUAUGACCCCUUCACCUCAUCUCACCUCACUCAGACACAGGAGGUGAAUAUAGCCCUGGAUCCUGUCAAAAGAAGACACAGCAGAGGAAUGAAGCAUCUACUGCUGUUGACUGUGGGGCUGAGCCUGGCCUGGGCCCUGCAGGACCAAAGCCGGGUUCCCGUGCAGCAGGACUUCAGCCCUGAGCAGGUGACAGGGCACUGGAGCACCCUCAAUCUGGCUUCCACUGACCGGUCUGUCAUUGAGGAAGGAGGUGCUUACCAGUGCUUCAUGACUGGCAUUGCCCUCCUGGACAAUGGCAACCUGAAUGUCACCUACUUGCACAGACAAGAUGGAAAGUGUGUGAAGGAAUUCUAUGUAGCAGAGAAGACUGGAAUCCCUGGACGCUACACCUUUGACUACCAAGGCAAAAACUAUCUGACUUUUGUGGCUGUCACAGAGGAAUUCACCAUCAUGGACUUGGAAAACCAGAGUGAAGGAAAUACCCUCAUCGUGGUUGAGCUUCAUGGCAGGACUCUGUAUGCAGGUAAACUUGGGUUGGAGCCCUAUAAGUCACACACAUCCAGAAGAGGCAUUGUACCAGACAACAUUAUGGACGUGUCCUUGAAUCGUAAGCCUACUUUCCUACAGCUUCUUCUCUGUGGGACCCCAGGCACAGUGGCCGUGAUGACUGUGACUCCUUUAGAAGUCUAUGCCAUAGGCCACAGUGUUAAGGGGACGGCAGGAUGA